AUGGAAAAGAAGGAUUUGACGCCGAACUACAUAGGCGUUCGGAAACGGAAAUGGGGCCGUUGGGUGUCCGAAAUACGCGAGCCCGGGAAAAGAACGAGGAUUUGGUUGGGAAGCUUCGACACGCCGGAGAUGGCGGCCGCCGCCUAUGAUGCGGCGGCAUUUCACCUCAAGGGCUCCGGGGCCCGACUCAAUUUUCCGGAACUAGCCGAGGCCCACCCGAGGCCCGUUGGACCCGACCCGAAUGACAUCCGCAGAGCUGCCCAGCUGGCGGCCGAGCGGAUGGCCCGCGGGACCCACGGACCAAGUGGUGGUGGGAGUAGUUACGUGCCGACGAGGGUGGAGUUGUCGCCGGGCGACAUCCGAGCCAUAAACGAGUCGCCACUCGACUCGGCCGAUAUGUGGAUGGAGCUUGCGGGCCCGUCACGGGUCGAGGAGCCCGAGAUUGAGAUGGAGAGUUGGGAUGGGAUAGAAUGUGAUUAUUCCAUUUGGGAUUGA